CUCAUUAUUUGUCUGCAGUUGGACAGAGUCAUACAAGGAAGAUAAAAGGAAGAAAUUUCUCCCCUUUUAGACCGCAUAAAACCCCCAAUUUUGAAUCCUUUCUAGGGUUUACAAUUUCCUCAAUUAGGGUUUCUCUGUAUCAUCAAUUUUGGUGAAAUCGAGCUUCUUUAAUCUCUAGAGGAGCUUUACCAAUGAAAUCAGAGUUGAGAAAAUCCCAAUUUCAUCUCCAAAUUCUGCUAUUUGCUGUCAUCUUUUUGUCCAUUACUGUCUGUUUAAACGGUCUAAAUCCACUACCUUCCCAUCAAGACGACGAAGAUAAAUGUCCUAGAACACCAUUUCCGACCGAUUCUUGCCCCAUCAAUUGCUUCCGACCCGACCCGGUUUGCGGUGUCGAUGGAGUCACCUACUGGUGUGGUUGUCCCGAUGCUCACUGUGCUGGUGUUCGUGUUGCCAAGUUAGGACCUUGCAGUGUGGGAAAUGGAGGGUCCGCUGCGGUUCCGGGAGGAUAGGAGUCAGGAGUCUGGUGGUCAUCUCCCUUUGUGCUUUUCAGGGUGGGCUUGGGAUGGUGGAGUUUAUUUGUUUUGUUCUAAAACUAUUAAGAUAUACUCUUAUGUCUACCAACUUAUUGAAAUGGUGCAAGUA